AUGUCGGCGCGCGGCAAUUUUCGUGGAUCAUACAGCGGCCAAUAUCCCGCAAGAGGCCACUACAGCCAGGGACCACAUUCGUCCGGCCAUGCUACGCCUAAUUCUUCUUUUCAUGGCACUCCCCCAGCCCAGUCGCCUUAUAACGGCGGCAGAGGCAAUUGGGGAGGACAGCAACAGUACUCACCACAAAGCCAAUAUCCGCCGCAGUUCUCAUCGAACGGUUACGCACCGACUGCACCUGCGGCGCAUUUCCAAGGGAAUCAGGCCAAUUCACCUCCUGUAGGCACUCCCACGGGGCCGAGCCACCAAUUUUCUCAAAGCUCGUACCGCGGGGGCUACAGAGGCUCAUCCGGCGGUGGAUAUCGAGGAAACACUGCGAACUCCGGCCCUGGCAGGGCUUCCAACCGUGGCGGGUUUAAGAGCGGCCAUUGGGGUUCCAGUGGCAGCGGUUCCAGAGCUGCUUCGAGUCAGCCAGAAGAUGCUGGCUCAGGACGCGCAACACCGCAAGCAGGCUCAAGUGUAGGUGACCAGGGCUCCGUACAGGGCGACGUAGGAACGCAUGAGACCGAAAAUCCCUUCAGGCCGCCCAAGGAGUUCCAAGUGGAAGACACUACCAUGGAUGAAGGCAACGAGGAACAACCGAUGCUACCUCCGACGAAUCGCCCGCCUCCAACGGGCCCUGCGGCAGAAAAGAAGAUCAGUUUUGCGCUCAAAUCAACCCCGAAAGCGCCCGUCACAGCUCCGAAAUUCGACAUUUCCUCAAAAUUCAACGCGCCUACCAAGAAGGAUCCACCCAAGGAGUUGAGUCGUCACGAGCCCCGAGAUCGGGAUAACCGCGAUAAUCGAGACCACCGUGAUAUACGGGACAAUCGGGACAGCCGAGAAAGUCGAGAUAAUCGAGACAAUCGAGACAAUCGAGACCCCCGAGACAACCGAGACAAUCGAGAUACCAAGGGCGGUCGAGACCAUCGAGAGCACGCACCACAUAAGCAUGCUGCGGACGGUCGAGAUUUACCAAGAAAUGUGCCGACAGAGCCACGGGCGGCCAAAGAGCAACAGAGGCGUCAUGAACAGCAGAAGCCUCGCGAGCCUCGAGAACCUCGAGUGCGGAUGGUGAAGAAGAAGAUGAAGCGUGUGAAGGAGAAGCCGGCCCUGCCAGACCAUCUAGCGGCUUCUGAUUCUGUCUAUUUCCGGAAGCCUGGCAAUGAAUCCGUGAUUGGCGCCGGCACGUACGGGAAGGUCUUCAAGGCACUCCACGUCUACACCAAGAAGCUCGUUGCUUUGAAGAGAAUCCGAAUGGAAGGCGAGAGGGACGGCUUCCCAGUGACAGCUGUGAGAGAGAUCAAGCUUCUGCAGUCCCUCAAGCACAUCAAUAUUGUUGCACUUCUGGAGGUAAUGGUCGAAAAAAAUGAGUGUUACAUGGUGUUUGAGUACAUGUCGCACGACCUGACAGGUAUACUCAACCACCCUACCUUCAAGCUUGAAGCGGCGCACAGGAAACAUCUGUCCAAGCAAUUGUUCGAAGGCCUCGACUACUUGCAUCAGCGCGGCGUUUUGCAUCGCGACAUCAAAGCUGCCAACAUCUUGGUCAGCAGCGAUGGCAUUCUCAAGCUGGCCGACUUCGGUCUGGCCCGCUUUUACGCUAAGCGGCACCAACUCGACUACACGAAUCGAGUCAUUACCAUAUGGUAUCGCUCUCCAGAAUUGCUGCUCGGCGAAACCCAAUACAGCCCUGCCGUGGAUAUUUGGAGCGCGGCGUGUGUUAUGAUUGAGAUCUUCACGAGGCGUGCCAUUUUCCCCGGUGAUGGCGGCGAGAUCAGUCAGCUGGACAAGAUAUACUCCGUCCUUGGCACGCCACACAAGUCGGACUGGCCUGGCUUAUUAGAAAUGCCUUGGUUCGAGCUCUUGCGGCCUGGUGUGAGGAAACCGAACGUGUUCGCAGAGCAGUACGAAGAGAAACUGCCACCUGCCGGGUUCAAACUUCUCGCGGAGAUGCUGCAAUAUGACCCAGUCAAACGACCGACGGCCGCUCAGGUGUUGGAGCAUCCUUACUUCACCACCGAGUCACCGGCCCCUCGUCAAGCAGUAGAGCUCCAACAAGUAGACGGUGACUGGCACGAAUUUGAGAGCAAGGCUCUGCGGCGUGAAAACGAGCGUAAGGACAGAGAAGCCCGCAAAGCUGCGGAGAAGGGGUCGAGUACGACCAACAAGGACAACAAGGAUUCUCGGAAACGACCACCAGAGGCGAACGAGACGAACCGCGAGUCUAAACGCCAGCAUGUUGAGAAGUCAUCGGAGGCAGCUUCGGCGGCCGGCGAAGUGGUGCAGCCAAAGAAGGCCUAG